AUGAAAGAGUCCCUCUACGAUCGUAUCUGGCGUCGAGAAUCUGGGGGAUUUUCCUACUUGGCUGGCAUUCAUGGCCUUUAUGGCUCUCCGGAAUGGGUCCAGGACCUUGAUAUUGUAAACGAGCUUGGUGGUCACUCUGGUUGUGUCAAUGCUUUGAGCUGGUCGCGGUCUGGCCGCCUGCUGGCUUCGGGUUCGGAUGAUCAGCACUUGAACAUCUACGCCUACCAACCCGACUCCUCAGCAGCUCCCUUUGCGCUCAGCACCACCAUCGACACCGGUCAUACCGCCAACAUCUUUUCCGUCAAGUUUAUGCCACAUUCCAAUGAUCGAACCCUAGUCUCAUGUGCCGGGGACUCCCAAGUCCGCGUCUUCGACAUUGAGUAUUCCAGUAGCAAUGGGCAUCUGGCUGGAAAUUCGACCUUCGCUUCAUCGGCAAGAAGUCGACGCUUUCAGAACUUCUUCAACACCUCUCACUAUUUGAGCCCGAUAACCACCAAUGCAAAAGUUUAUCGUAGUCAUGCCGACCGGGUCAAGCGCAUUGUUACUGAGUCGUCUCCGCAUCUCUUUCUGACCUGUUCGGAGGACGGAGAAGUUCGCCAAUGGGAUCUGCGACAGCCCUCAUCGGCCUAUCCCAAACCUCGGGGGGGUCAGGGCUACAUGGCUUUUCGAUCGGGACAGGAUCACGAUGAUUCUAAUGUGCCCCCUCCGCUGAUCUCGUACAAGAAAUACCGCCUGGACCUCAACACCAUCUCAUGCUCUCCUAGUCAACCACAUUAUAUCGCGCUGGGCGGUGCUCAUCUACAUUGCUUCCUUCAUGAUCGGCGUAUGUUGGGUCGGGACCUCAUCGCUGAGAGGGGCGCAUCAAGUACUUCUCCUGGGAGUAGUAGCCAAGGAGCAGAUAUUCUGGAUGACGCGACGAAGUGCGUUCGCCGGUUCGCGCCCGAUGGGCAGGAUCGCAUGAAGACUCGGGACGACGGCCAUAUUACAGCCUGCAAGAUCAGUGAUGCAAAUCCGAAUGAGAUGGUGGUCAGCUGGUCGGGCGACCAUAUCUAUAGCUUUGAUCUCAUCCGCAGCGCAGAUGCGAGAGAAGCGAGAUCGCGGCAAUCAUCAGUGCGGGAAACACCCGCGCCACGGAAACGUCGAUACAGCAAAAACCGCAAACGAAAGCGACACAAUUGCACGUCAAUGUCAUCCGACUCGAGUGGAAACCAGCCUCCCUCCAGACGUCGACCCAGAGACCGUCAGGAUGAAGGCGAGUUAGCAUUUCGCGUGCGUUACGGCAAUGGAGAGUCAGAGGACAUUCCUAUCCCAUCUCUGACGCAGCGUCGGGCUGAGGUUCCGGAGAGCUUACUCGAGCAAUCGAGGCUGGCAGUGCUCAGUGACGCUCAAAGACUCAGCAUGCGUAUCGCCAAAGAAGUAGUCAAGCUUCGCAAAGCUAUUUUCUCGCUCGAUACGUCAGCGCGCGAAGAACUUGAAUUAGCCAGUGCAACAGAUCUGACACCGUUUGGCGAGUCCUUUUCCACAGCAUUGGGUCAUGCGUCGAUCUGCCUGCCGCAGAUGAGUACGGUCAUGCGCACAUGGGGCUAUCCACUCAAUCCUUCUUCAGAUAUGGUGCGCUUUCAGCAAACUCUGCGUCGUAACCGGGAGUCCGCCUGGAGCUUUGUCCAGGCUGCAGGAACGAUAGCUCGAGCUCUAGGAGGCGAGCUCCAGAAUACGCCUGGGAACGUGGACAACGAGAUGGAGCAAUUCCAACAGUUAUCGCCGCUGAAGGUUGAAUAUGCGCCCGAUCGCAGAGAGCACUUUGGUUAUGACUUUAUCAAGGCUAUCAUACUUUAUGUGAAAGGGGGUCGAGAAGCUCUGCUGUCAGGCUUCAAGCGUGGGCCCAUUCGUCGGGACACACUCAGCAGAUUCCCUAUCCCUGAAGCCGCAGAUGACCGUGCGAUUGAGUCAACCCUCAUUCCUUAUCUUCAGCGGCUAGCGGGAGAGGCCCCGGUGGUGAAUGUUGAUGCAUCUAGGUUCGAACACGACGAGGCCCGUAUUCUUUUUGCGACGCAACGCGAAGCGGUAGCCGCCUUCGCCACUGCGAUCAGAUCGCCCGCUCAAAGCCCGGUUGACGGCGGAGCAUCGAACGGGGCCACGCACGGCGGGGCAGCUUACAGGGCAAACUCUAACGAGACACCUACCCAUGCCCCCGAUUUGUUUCAGCUUACACAGUUUUGGGUGCUGAAGGUGGCUCGCGGCAUACUCAUGGAGAGCGGGACCGGCGUCAACUAUGCUUUUGUUAACAGAGCCUUCGGUGGCUUUCGGGCCACGGUGACGCCUGGCUCUGAAUCAGAUAUGGAUCCGGAGAGGUCACAGAACGAUCUGGAAACAAACAUGGAAGAGGAACCUAUUCGCGAUGUCCGGUUGAAAAUACUCCGGGGCCAGCAACUCAGCAGAGAAGAAUCCGAUGACUGUGCCAGCGAAGCGACCGAGUCAGUGUCGUCUCUACAGGGCAUCCCAAGCUUCCCGGGGUGGUUGGACAUGGGUAGUGAAACCGAGAACGACUCGGAGGACGAUGAACAGGGCGGACUUGACGAUAAUGAGGACGAUGACGAAAACGAGAUUGACGAUGAUGACAAUGAUGAGGAGGAGGAGGAGGAAGAGGAUGAGGAUGAAUCUGACCUGGACUCGGAUAGUCCAGCGAACGACAGCGAUGACGACUCGGAGGCCGAAAGUCGCAUGUUCAGGGAGUACGGGCUGCACCCCAGACAAAGAGAGUAUGUGCACCUGGAUGUUCCUUGUUCCUCACAUACGCGCGUGUAUCGCGGUCACUGCAAUGUCAAGACAGUCAAAGAUGUCAAUUUCUACGGGUUGGACGAUGAGUUUGUCGUUAGUGGAAGCGACUCGGGCCAUGUUUUUAUAUGGGAUCGGAAAACAUGCAAGCUAGUCAACAUUCUAGAAGGCGACAGUGAAGUCGUCAACGUUGUCCAGGGACAUCCCUAUGAGCCUACUAUAGCCGCUUCUGGGAUUGACAACACCAUCAAGAUUUUCUCACCCGAUCGCCGUGCUCAGGAUGAUGCGCGCCGUGGAAUCAACAUUCUUGAUCCCGAUAACCCCGCCAAUACGCUUGGGCCUAAUGUGAGAGGGAUUGGAGGGUUGGCCACUCGCAAACGCUUACACGACAGUUAUCGAAUCAUGAAUCAGAAUGAUGUUGAUCGACAAGGCGGGAUGAGCGAGGCGUCGAUCACCAGACAUAUGCUAGCCCGUCUGGCUACCACCUUGCGGGAUCAACAGUACAAUGUGGAGCCUGGUGGGGAAGGGGAACAUGCCACCCUGGUUUUGGACGAGAACAGCUGUCAUCCUUUCGCAGCAUGUAGCUUGGCUGUCAACAUGCGUUCCAUUACUGGAGAUAUUUCGUUCCAUAUCAGGAUUCUCCGACAGUCCAAGAUGCAAGCCCUGCAGGAGCGAGCUGAUACAACAGCGCGGCUCUACGGAGAUCCUCACAACCCACACCUUUACUAUGAGCGAGGUCUCGUGCAUGAGAAACUGGGAUUCUCCGAUCUAGCGUCGGCCGAUGCGUACCGCGCUUUAUCUCUCCUCGACUCGGUCGUUGACCCGGACGGCUGCGAAUUCCACGCUCGACGCAGGAUUCAAGAUUCUCCGGAGACCGCAGAGUCAAAGGCUCGCGAAAGUAACGACGACGACGACGACGACGACGACGAUGAUGACCAGUUCACUCCACUUACGCAGUCCGAAUACGAUGCCCUCAUUCACCCCGUCUACGCCUUAUUAGUCCGCUCCCUCGUCAGCUGUGGCUGCUUCCGUGACGCCUAUGAAUUCUGUGCACGGGGAUUGAGUAGUAUUGGUAGCACUAGCGACAACCAGACCGCCUCAGACCGGGAAGCCCACGCCACCUUAGCGGCACAGCUGGCGACAUUGCAACGGGAGUUCGCCCGCCGACGCAACCUCCCUUCCUCUACCACGGAGAUUGUGAUUGACGAUCCCAGCGCCCUGCCGGCGCAGGGACUUGCCCGCCGCGUUCUCUACCCCUGGAACACGCACGAACCCGACCGCAAAUCCCCCGAGACUCUGGCUCUCCUGAACGAGAAGCUACGGACGGUGGCGCCCAAGUGCGAGGUCCGGGCUGUCGCAUUACCGGCGCUGCACUCUAUCACCACCACCACCAAGCCGAACCCCUCCUCCUCCUCCUCCUCCUCCGAACAAGACCAAGAACAAGAGCAGCAAGGAGAAGUCAGCAUCCAACUGGGCCUCUUCGCCAAAGAAGACAUUCACCCCGGCGAAACCAUCCUCCGCGAAAACUCGCUGUUGACCGCCACCAACCGUCUCCACGACGACCUGUGCGACGCCUGCAAUGGCCCGCUCCCCGAGCUCUCGGCCGACGACCCGCCCGUGGCGUGCGCCAACGGCUGCGACGACACGAUCUUCUGCUCGCCGGCCUGCCACGACCAAGCCCAACAGGUCUACCACGGGGCCGUGUGCGGGCUGAUGGAGAACCUCGAGUCCAUCGGCAAGGACAUCCCCGACCCGAAGGACAAGGCCGACUCCCUGUAUCUGCUGCUGCUGGGGCGGGCGCUGGCGAUGGCGGCGACGCAGGAGAUGCAUCCGCUGGAGCUGGGGGAGGUGAAGUUCAUCUGGGGCGAUUUCGUGGAUUUUGAUGUGCUGGACCACGGCGCUGCUGCUGCUGCUGCUGCUGAAGAUGGCACCCUCCCCUUCUCCUUCCAGCUCAACAUCCUCCAGCCCAUGCGCCUCCUCGAGGAGAUGGAGAUCGACCCCUACGCCAACCUCCGCCUUUACGACACCUGGGUCCUCAACACCCUGUACGCCAAGUUCCGGGGCACCGCCUCCGGCCGCCUCUCCACCUGGGACGGCGGGCCCGAGCUCUGCGCCGUCCACCCCCUCUGGUGUCUGGCCAACCACUCGUGCGACCCCAAUGUCCGCUGGGAGUGGGGCGGCGAGAUCACCUUCGUCGCCCGGGCGGAGGCCGAGCGCGCCGUGUGGAAUCUGCCCUCCGGUGCAACCACCUCUGAGGCGGAGGCUGCGCCCAAGUGCAGGCGCGUCGGGGCGGGGAUCAAGAAGGACGAGGAGAUCCUGAACCAUUACUGUGAUAUCGAGCUGGGGGUCAAUGAUCGUCGGGAGUGGGCCCGCGGCGCCUUGGGCGGGUUCUGUCUGUGUGAGCGGUGUCGGUUCGAGGCCGGGGAGAUGUGAUGUCCGAUUUUUCGUGUCUUGUGCAUUGUGUGUACAUGUGUUAGGAUGGUAGGAAGGGCGAGGAGAAGCGGUGUGUGGGGUUCCUGUGCUUCAUAGAUUGCGGUGAUUAGAGAUCGAUUUGAGAUACCCCGGGUGGUGAUAUAUAUACAUAUACAAGAAGCUAGAUAUAUAGAAGUGGACAGGACAGGACAGGACAGAGCAGAGCUAGUUAGCUGCCAUACAUUUGGUGUGAUGUGCGUUGCUACUGUGCAG